AUGCAGUGGCUGAUUCUAGCCUCUGCCUGCGUCUUUUCCUGUCUCGCCAAUGAGAUAAAAAAUGCGACCGCUAAAGGCUCCUACGGAGUCCCACCGAGUUACCCUCCACCUCCUCCACCACCACCGCCACCACCGCCACCCACCUAUGAUCCGGGUUACGGUGGCGCCCCGUACGGACCGUACAUGGCCUACCAAUACAUGCCACCACCACCGCCACCAUUGGUAGACCGUGACGUGUGCGACCUGGACGCUUCCGUGUUGUUGGUGGUACAGAGCCGACGUGGAUCUCGUCCACCUCCUCCGGGUUUCCCUGCAAUGAAUCGCGCUAUUCGUGUACGGUGCUCGGUGAUUGCCAACUACGACGAGGACUCCUGCAACGUUUGCUGCCAGAAUGCUGCACGUCGUGACAAGUCCAUGCCAAACUCUGCUUUCGUCGGAUUCCUGGCCGUCACGGACGACUUUAACGGGAAACCUCCUAGGCCUCCACCUAGCAGACCAUAUGACUUGGAGGAGGAAGGUGACCUGGAUCAAGUGGUGGAUUUCCUGCCACCACCAUACUUCAACAACGUUAAGUGUGUGUGCUGUGCUCCAAAGAGGCCAUUCCCUCCUCCACCACCACCUCCACCACCACCAGUCUAUCAACCACCAAUCUAUCAACCACCGGUAGCUACACCUCCACCUUAUGGACAACCAGCAACUUCUCCACCAGCAUCAGCACCCUAUGGACAACCAGCAGCUUCUCAGCCUCAAGACUACACAGCUCCACCUCCAGUUCAAGCACCACCUGUUGUGGAAUAUCCGGAACCAGUGGCGGCACAACCUCAACCUGAAUAUCAACCACCACCACCACCACCGCCGCCACCUCCUCCUCCACCACCACCACCGGCUCAGAAUCCCGUUCCAACACCAUAUUGA